UUUAUAUUAUUAAAAGAAAUCAAACAAUCACAUUAAGCAUAUAAUAAAAAAUUUAGAUUUUUUUUAUAUGUUGUAUUUUGAAUUUUUAAAAACGACUAUAAAAUACUAAAAUGUAAAAGUCUCACAUUGAAAAUUUUGUGAUUAAUGGUUUAACUUUUUUUUUUGUUCAAGCAAGAUACAAAUGAUCAUAUAUCGUAAAGGUGGGCGUUCGGAUACACGUUCGGGUUCAUAUCAGAUUUUUCAGUAGAAAAGUGUAGAACACGUUCGGGUAUUUCUACAUUUCGAGUUGGGUUAGGAAUAUUUUUGGUCGGGUUUGGAUAUUUAAAUUUUGAAGAAAAAAUAAAUAAAUUAUUCAUUUUUUAAUUUUUUGUAUAUAAAAUAUAUUUAACUUAACCGGUUUUUUAAUUUUUAAAAGAUUAAACUAUUAAAAGAUUUGGAGGUAAAACUUUAAAAACAGAAACACACUAAUUUAGUUGUUGUUUUGAAAUUUUAAAUGCAACUUUUAUUAAUGCAAAAAAUAAUAGCUUGAUAUGUAUUUUAAGUGAGUAGCAAAUGAUUUUAUCCAUAAUUAUAUGUAUAUUAUCUAAUUUUGAGCAAUAAGCAUCCUUAAUAUAAAUAUUUGGAGUAAAAUGAGGGAAGUAAACUAAAAAUAUAGGGUUAAGUAUACUUAUGUUAACCAUCUUCGAAUAUCCAUUCGGAUUCGGAUAUUACCCGUUCGGAUUCAGAUAUUAUCCGAACUGGUGAAAUAAGUAAUUUGUUUUGUUCUUCUAAAAUUAGAUGAUUUUUAGACCGAGCUGGUGAAUAUAUACUAGACAGACGUUUAUAUUUCGAGUAUGCACGUAUAUUCUAUAACAAUUUGAUAUAUUAGAUUUAAACACAAUUUGCCAAUGAUUUUUUUUUUUCAAAAUUUUGAUUCUUAGAUUCAUAUCUGGAAUGAAACUAAUUUUUACAUGUGUCCAAUUUUAAAACUGACACUUAUUUAAUUCACCAAAUUCAUAGAAUAAAUUAAAAAAAAAAAGAAACUUAACGUAUAUCAAUGAAACAAAGACCAUAACGAAAGUCCAAUUUUAUAGAGGUAUAAAAUGAAAUCACUUAUGGAGAGUCAAUAGUAAGCAAAUUGGGAGAAGAAAACCUAAUCCUCUUUCGUCAUUAUACAAUCGAUGUUGCCUAUUUUGUUUCGGUGAUUUCUGUCAGCCACAAAACUUAAUUUCUUUUUGUGCGUAUGAAGUCUUAAAAUAAUUAAAAUGAGAUGUAAUAUGUUCACUCUUCAACAACGAUGAUAUAUUUAAGAGACCAACAUUUGUAUUGGUCAUUUUAUAAUCAAUAAAGAUUAUAGUGUUACAAAAUGUUAAAACCAUUUAAUAAAUAAAUAUUAUUAAAAAAAAUCAUACCGCGCAUGCGCUAUGUUAAAAGAGAAUUUUUAGGUAAACUAAUAACAUUCUAAAUUAAUAAUAUGUCUUAGUCAUACUAUUAUUGGUUUAUAGUUUUCAAUCUACAUGUACAUGUAAUCUUAUUAUUCUUUUUUUUUUCCACAAAAUAUUUUUUUUUAAUUGGUGUACGCAGUUUUUAUCCUAGAUCAUUCAAUCCAAUGCCACAAAUAGCAUUUCUUUCUUAAAUGUGUGAAAAUGGACAGUGGAAUAUUCACGGCUAAUUGUUAACGGAAACAUAGGAAACUCUGGUUACAUCAAAAGUCAAUAUAUUUAGAUUCUCUAAGCUAGUAUUCUUAUUAAACCUUUAACAACACAGAAAAGCAUUGUUAACAUACGAUGGUUUGUUUUUACUCCUCUUAUGCAUACAUAACGAUCAAUAUUGUAGCCUUUCUUCUCCUGUCGCGAUGGUCAUCUGCAACCGCAAAAUCCAUGAUUUCUAGCCAGAUACUAAUGAAAGGAACGACAUGCCCAUUUCCGUCCUUGUUGAUAUCGAAGGCUUGCAAAGGUACUGCAUCUAUCUCGUCCCAAGAACAAGAAUGUAUAGAAUCCCUAACCUUUAAUCGGCACACAGCCUCCGCAUCAACUGUCUUUGAGUUGGCUAAGGUGUCUCUGUCUUUGGCAAUGGAGAAGGCAGAGCGCACAAUGAUUCUAAUCGGUUCUCCAAAGAAACCAUGUUUCAAGAGUUGUGCGGAAAACUAUAAAGAUUCUGUCGCCGAAGGGCUAAAGAAGGCAGAGUGGUCGAUGGAGAAAGGAGAUCUGGAUGAGACCGAUGAUGAGCUUAGCCUCGCACGUGACGCAGCUGAUUAUUGUCAUAUGGUUUUGUCUGUUGAUCCAGACGAUGCAAGAUCUCCGAUUUUCUCCGCCAACAGAGAUGUGUAUAAUCAUAUUACAUAUGCUAUGAGUGUGGCAGACUUGUUGUAGAGUCCAAAUCUCCAACUUUGAUUCAAAUAUAUAAUUUUGUGUAAAAGAUAGUUUCUUUUGUUGUUGUUAAAAAUGUAUAUAUCAAUAAAUUUGAAAGACAUUGCACUGCGGUUAAUAAACGUUUUUUUAAACAGAGGGUCUAAAUGAUAAAAGGCAGAACAACUGCAAAACAAUUACGGCAAAACAAUUAUGGUGCGGGUAUAAAUACAUAAAUAUAUGUAGAUAUUUUUAUUACUAUUUUGGCAGUGCGGAGCGGCGUGGUCUGUCACCAUUCGAAGCCAGAAUGCAGUUAAAUCUCCAUUGUAGUACAAUCUUUAUCAUUCUUGUCCAUAUAUUCUUUGCAAACUCAUCUAACAUAUGAUUUCAAUUAAUAAAACAAGGUUUUGGCUUUAAAAAAACAUUUUAAAAGUCUCUGUUCUAAUAUAUAUGUUCUCGUAAAUGUUCCAAAUUGCUCAUAAAAAUCGUUCUAUUCAUCAAGAAGGUCGGCCAUAACAGUCCACUAUAGUCCCUGUUGUUAAAAUUUGCGGAUCAUAGUGAAGAAGAAUGGAGAACAUAGGUGAAGGAAGAAACCUGUCAAGAGAGAAGAGAGAGUAGACAUGUGAGAGACUAAGAGAAAUAUUAGAAGAGAGGAUAAUAUUUCCUUAAUUCAAAUAGAUUUCUGGUUACAUGCUAUUUAAAGGACAAAUGGGUUUGAGUGGCAUGUCCUAAUUGUCUUCCCUAGAAUUUAAAUCAUUAGGGAGAUAUGUGACUCUUGUUGUCUUAGUCACGAACAGCUCUUUCUUCUUUUCAACAGCUAGGAGUCCUUUUAGAAGACUAGGACACUUAUAGUCAACACAUAGAAACUGGCGAAACAUUUUUGUGGACCAAAACAUACUCGUGUAUGGACAUGAACGGUUAAUCUUCGUUUCUUCAAGGUUUUUUUUUGUUUUGUUAAUAGGUCUAAACCUCCCGCUCAAACUUAACCAUAGAGACAUAAAGGUUAAACAUGGAUCCAUGAAGAUUCAGCUCAUUAAAAACUGACGUACAGAAAAUCUCAUAGGACAAAACUAUACUAAAGGAAAAAGAGUAUAUGCUCUAUGGCUUAAAAGAUACGGGAUGAGAUAGAUCUAUUUCUCACAUACCUUUGAACUUGUUUCCUCGGUAAAGAUGUCAGCUAGCUGAUAUGAACUUCUUGUAUAACAAAAUCCACUUUUUGUUGAACCAUAUCUGCCUCUUAUAAUUUUUCACUUCAAUGUGUUUUUCUUCUCAUAGAACACCAAAUUAGAUGCAUUGUGGAUGGUUGCUUAUUAUAACAAUCCAAUGUGAUUAGGUUUGCUGACUCAAUGCCUAAGUUCUUGAGAAGAUCCUUGAGCCAAGUGAACUAAUUUGUGAGCUUCCUCACGGUCUUAUAUUCAGCUUUAACACUUGAACAUGAGACCCCCUUGAUAAACCAUGGAUUUUACCAUUUUUUAGCCAUGGUAUAUAGAUGUUUUAGGAGUUAUUUAUUAUGUUUUGGAGUUUUUUUAGAGUAUUUACAGGUCCAAAAUGUUUUGGAGAUAUGUGGUAAUUUUCCGGCAUUUUGGGAUAAAGUUAGAAGAAACUUGUAGCUGUCCAUCGAACUAGUCUAAAAUCGACAUUCAGAGUCAAAUAUCGAUCGACGAAGCAUGCAAGGCCCGACUUGGUUUCCAGCCGACUUAUGGUCCAAGUUCCACAUCAAUUACAGAAACACCAUUGGCUGACUUUACCUAAUAUUUAUGUGCUCUGCCAUUGUUCUUGGCAACACACGCUUUCAUACUUAAUUUUUUUUCACAUCUCAACAUAUUUAGGGUUUUUAGUAGUUUCGAGAGAAGAUCCAAGACUCCCUCAGAGCUUUGUAUUGGAACUUCAGUUUUUCUUCCUUAUUGUAUUUAUGCAUUCUAUUCAAAAUUUUGCUAUGUUCUGCUUUGCUGUGUAUGAGUAGUUACCUUUGUUAGAUUUAGGGUUUAGAGUAAGGUUAUGAGGGAUUAGUCCAAAAUAUAGAUACACUAAGGUGAUAAAGAUUUCUUUCAAGGAAUUGCUUGUAAUGCUUGUGUUUGAGAGUAACUAACUAGAACCGUGAACUUAGGAUAAUAAGGCGCACUCGACGGCAUGGUCUUUUACGUGAAUUAAUUUUCCUUGAGCUAGGAUUUCUAGAAACAAGCGACGACUGAUUUAGUUAAUACUAGUGAACCUAUCGAACAGCUCGCUAAAGCUUGCCUAGGUAAACAUCGAUUGACCCUAAUCUCAUAGAAUCAAUCGACGUUGGAACCAUAUCAACAAGCGACAACUAAGAUACUGGACUUAGUCAAUAGGAUUUAUUCGCAAGAGGAAGCUGGAAUACUUUGCAAAUAGAAUUCGAGUUCUAGGAUUGAAAACCUUAGUAUCUAUAUCACUAUAAUCAUGAUUUCCUGAAACCCUAAAUUUAGAUAUUUCUCAUAACUGUUUACAACCUCAACCAAUCAAUGAAUCAACUGUACAACUACCUUGUUCACCUUUGCUCUUUAUUAAUUACUCUGUUUGCCUAACUUAAUCAUAAACAGAUGAGGAUCUAUUGUUUGGCUUAGCUCCUUGUGGAUUCGGUCCCUAAGUGCUACGAUUGAACCUCUUAUUUGAGAGAGUACAGGUCACUCUUUGGGGUAAUUCGAGUAAUGUCAAAUUUGGUGUCGUUGCCGGGGAGCUUCGAUCGCCAUUAGAUCUUAUUAGUUAGAUUUAGUCUAGGUUUUAUUGUUACUGGUUUUUCUCAUAAUUGUUUUUCUUGAUUUCUUUCAGGUGCAUGCCCAACAGUACCAGAAGCAACAAGGAAAAAUCGCUGCUAUUCUCAGAUCCCGCACACUUAGAACGCACGAUCCGAAAAGAGAGACGCACCAUAUCGAUCAACAACAACUCAGAUCUGUCGACCGACACUUGUGAGCCACCGACGAUCGACAUCUGUCCGCGAGACAAGGUUGCGACUUUUGUUCUGAUGCAAGACGAGAAUGGAGACAUGACCAGGAGGGUCAUCUGCGUAAUGCAGCAUGUCAGAGGUUAGAUGAUCAUGGGGCUGUAAUCCAUGAUCUUGAUGUUGAUACCAUUACAGUCGAUGCUCAGGUUGUGGGUGAUGAUAAUGUGCAAGUUGCUCGACCCAAAAUGUUGGGUGGCUACAACCCUCCAGAUCAAUACUACGCCAACAUGAACAUCCUAUGGACCAUAUACAGCGGUUUGAGGAUUUGGUUUCUAUCAUUAAAGGCAAUAGAGUCCCUGAGGACUAUCUUCUUUUCAAGCUCUUCAAGUACUCACAAGUUGGCUCAAGCAGUUACCACAAGGAUAUCUUUACAUGCUGGAUUGAAGUAAAGAACACAUUCUGAUACAACUCAAAUUACCCUAAGGAGUGAUUUAUACUCUUUCAAAUAAGAGGCCGAGUUGUAGUACUUAGGGAUCGAAUUCACAAGAAGCUAGGGAACCUAAGAAAUCUAAUAUGAUUUGUUAAGCAUGAUGUUUAAUGGUGUAAAUGUAAAUUGCAGUUUUUAUCAAGCAAGUGUUUGCGCAAUUGAUUGGUUAAGGUUUUGGUGCUUAAAAGGAAAUAGCUAGACUUAGGGUUUUUAUUCAGGAAAUUUGGGAUUAUAAUCCUAUCAGAUGCCUAAUGAGUUGCAUCCAUGAUAAUAUAAAGCUCAACUACUUAGUCAACAAGUCUAUCAGCUUUCGCAUGUUUGGACUUGUCUAUUAACUAGAUCUAAUGAUCUCAACUAUCGUAUGUCGAUCAAUUAGAAAGUGUCGAUCGAUGAUCCUAUAGGGAUAUCGAUCGAUCCUUUCACUCCGUCGAUCGAUUAUUCAAUAAUGAUAUCGAUCGACGCGCUUCUUGUUAAGCUUUAUGCGCGGGUUGAAUAAUAGCUUACUAAGCUCACUAGAUCAGCUGUCGCCUUACUCAUAGCAAGAAACUUAGCUCAGUUAGAAUGUUUUCAGGAUGAGAAUGAAGCUCUCGCUUUUAUCUAUCAAUCCUAGGGCAAGUUAUAGGUAGCUAAUCUAGAGACAUGCAUUAAUGAACAAUCCUAAUGACAAUUACCACAACUCAACAAUCUAUAGUUGGGGCUAAUCACUCCUAACCUAGUUAAACCCUAAAAUCUAACAAUUGAACUACUCAGACAUCGCUAAGCAAUUCAUAAAAUCAGUUAGGUAAGAAAACUUCAUUAGAAUAGUAAAUAGAUAUUAAUGGAGUUCCAAUCACAAAUUAUAAAUUUGGAUAUUCUCUCCAAUCUAUCAAGAUCCUAAAAACCUUGCUGGGAAAAUAAUAAAACAAGAAAGCACAAUUUGCCUCUAACUUGGUGGCAAAGCUUAUAUAAUUAAGUUUAAACUCGUCAGGGGUAAUCUUGUAAACUGGUGAAGACUUGGGCUUCAAGUCGGCUGUGACCAAACGAGCUUUAUGCGCGCUUCGCUGUCGGUCGAUGUCAAGAUAUGAACAUCGAUCGAUUAUUCAUCUUCAAUAUCAACCGAUGGUCGAGCUCGAUGGUCAUCUCAGGUGCUUGCUCCAAAUAUCUCCAAAAUGCUCCAAAAGCAUCACUUAUCUCCAAAUUACUCCUGAUCUUAUAAAUAUAAUAAAUUGACUCUAUAAUAUAAUAAUUAUUAGUAAAAACACCUAUAAACUAUGGAGGAAAAUGGGUCAAAUCCAUAGUCUAUCAACUCCCCCAGACUUACCCUUUUGCUUGUCCUCAAGCAAAAGAAAUAGGCAGUCCCUCUAAAAGAGAUUUAAAACAGCAGAGACUCACAUGAUUUAAAACUUAGAAUCAUCACGUCUACAAUAUUGCAAUCCACAUCUAAGAAGUCCUAAUCACAAAAGCACAUUAUACCAUAUCCUACCUUAGCAACCAAAUUCAUCUAGCCAACAACUUAGCAAAUCUUGUCUGACAUUCCCAUCUACCAACCUCAUUUCUUAGCAUAAAUAAAAGUGUAGGUUUUACUUUGGGGGUAUCGAUCACACAAUGCAAAGACUUUCAAACAAGUAUCUGGACCUUCAGGUAAACACUAGUUCCUAUCCUGUCUCUCUACUAAUUUUCUCUCUUAGUCAAAAUCUGCUUAUAUUAGCAAGAUCAUUGACUAAGAUUGGACAGGCUUCCAUGAAUCAAGUCUUAAUGUUGGUUUCCACCAAGUUCUGUUCACUUCUUUUUGACCUAUAUCCUAGGAUUAUUUGUGAAGCAAACCUUAAUGGUUGUAGCCACCAAGUCCUGUUCUAAUCCUUUACUUAUAGAAUUCUUAUGAAGCAAGCCUUAAUGGUUGUAGUCACCAAGUCAUGUUCGAAUUCUUUCCUAAUAAAUCUCUAAUAGAUAUAUAUAAUAAUAAUAUUUUUAAUCUAUAUUUCAAAAAUAGAGAGAGAAAGGGUGAUUAAUCUAUCUACACAAGGCUUUACCUUCCAGACUUGUUUGAAGAAUCCGAUCCCAUGCAUACCAAGCUCCAAGACAAGCAGUUGUUCAAGUUUAGUGUUGGAGGUCAGCUUUGGUUCCUUCAAACAAUCUCAGCAAGUGUGAAUAGUUGACAGGUUGAUCUACUUUAGUAUCUUUAGUACUAUCUGCAAUCAGUAAGUCUAGAAUGGUGCUAAAGAGUGGUAAGAUAACAAGCAAAAAUCUAUUAUUUCAUUAUCCCCUUCUUGACUCAAUAAAAGUGUUUGAAAAAUGUUUUAGUAAGACUCAUAAAUAAAUUACUAUCAGUAAACUUCCCCCCAUACUUAAAUUACACUAUCCCAAUGUAAAUUCAGUCGAAGUUAUUGUGAUUACUAAAUCAUAAGGACUCAAUGUAAAAAGUUAGAACGAUGUACCAGACCGGAAUGGAUGUCGACCAAUGUAAGGAUGUUGAUAUUGGCCGCGGCAGGUUAGGCAAUGUCGAUCGAUGUCGACAGCUUCUCGUCGGUCGAUACUCACGGCAAAUCGUCUAGUUGGAUCUCUUUUUUUUUUUGUUUUUUAUGACCUACAGUAAUUAAAAACCAUCAUAAAUAGUAUAUCAAUAAAAACUAAAUAAAUAUUACCUAAUUGUGGGUUGCCACCCACUCAGCGCUUUGUUAUAGUCAUUUAGCUUCACUUUAGAGGUGAUUGGGCUAGUAAUUUUGAGCACUGGGACUUGUUGGAAAACAAGUAUCCAUCUCUUCUUUGCGCUUGUUGAACCAUGUACCAGUGAAGUCUCUCAUUGCUUCAUCCCCUCUACGCCAUUUUUCUUUCAUUGUUGCAGUUGUGUUUUCCAUUCUCUGCAAUCUUUCACCAAGACUCUCAAGGUUGAACUGAUGUCUUCUAAGUGUGUCGUAAGCGUCGAGCGAUGUGGAAUGUUGACCUCUACGGAUGGUGCGUUCCAAAUGAGCAGGAUCGUCUGAGAACAGAAAGUCUUUCUCCUUGUUGCUUCUGGUACCGCUGGGCAUGCACCUGAAAAGACAAGAAAAAGAUUAUUAGAAAGGAGGUAAAGAAAAGAAAAAGAAUUAAUAAAACUAAAUCUAAUGGCGAUCAAAGCUCCUCG